AUGAACAGCAACACCUCCAACAGCCUGGAGGACGACAGCGACAAGAACGACGGCCCGGGCCGGAGAGGCGAGCUGAGCCUGGACCUGGACAGCGACGUCGUCCGGGAGACGGUGGACUCCCUUAAGCUCCUGGCACAGGGCCACGGCGUGGUGCUCGCCGACGGCGUGGGCGACAGGAGCUACGCGGACACCGCGUCCCCGCAGGAUAACCGGAACGUGAGCUACGUGAUGCUCGGGAAGCCCGUGAACAACGGGCUGGUGGAGAAGAUGGCGGAGGAGAGCGACGAGGAGGUGUGCCUGAGCAGCCUGGAGUGCCUGCGCAACCAGUGCUUCGACCUGGCCCGGAAGCUCAGCGAGACCAGCCCGCAGGACAGGAGCCAGCAGCAGAGCCUGGGCGCCCGCCAGCACGCCCGGCCGGACGACGACUUCUCGGGACGGACGCCCGACAGGAACUACUCCGACAUGAUGAACCUGAUGAGGCUCGAGGAGCAGUUGAGCCCCAGAUCUAGAACUUUCUCCAGCUGUGCAAAGGAGGACGGGUAUCACGAGAGAGACGACGACACGGCCUCCGUGACCUCGGACAGGUCUGAGGAAGUGUUCGACAUGACCAAGGGCAACCUGACUCUCCUGGAGAAAGCCAUCGCUCUGGAGACGGAGCGGGCGAAGGCCAUGCGGGAGAAAAUGGCGCUGGAGGCCGGCAGGCGGGACAGUGUGAGGCCCUAUGAGGAGCCGUCGCCACGACAACUCCCCGGGGAGGAGAGGAAGCCCAAGUCCAGUGACAGCCAUGUCAAAAAGCCAUACUAUGGUCAAGCCCGAAAGUCUGGCUUCCUGUUUGCGAUAGCAACCGUGCCCACUGGCAGCACGAGUCGAGCAAAUGUACGGCCCUCCCUGCAGCCGCGCCCCGUCCUGGAGCCGUCCUCGGCCCCCCGCGUGGACAGGCCCAGCAUCCGGAGCGGCGGCUGCGCCCGCAGCUUCCGAGCCAGGCUGACUGCGCAUCCCUCUGCCAGGCGAUGCUCGCAGUGCCUCCGAGAGUGGGGCUUAUUUUCAGAAAAACCUCUGAGUCGAUGUGCUGCCAAACAGUGUCGCAAGAGAACACACGUCAACGCCGAGUAUCCCUCGAGAGCAGAAAAGAAAGAGAGCAAGUGUCCCACCCCAGGGUGCGACGGAACCGGCCACGUGACCGGGCUGUACCCGCAUCACCGCAGUCUGUCCGGAUGCCCGCACAAAGAUAGGGUCCCUCCAGAAAUCCUCGCCAUGCACGAGAACGUCCUCAAGUGUCCCACUCCGGGCUGCACGGGGCGAGGGCACGUGAAUAGCAACAGGAACUCGCACAGAAGCCUCUCUGGAUGCCCUAUCGCUGCAGCGGAGAAGCUGGCAAAGGCCCAGGAGAAGCACCAGAGCUGUGACGUGCCCAAGUCCAGCCAGGCCUCCGACCGCGUGCUCAGGCCGAUGUGCUUUGUAAAGCAGCUCGAGAUCCCGCACUACGGCUACAGGAACAGCGUCCCCACGACCACGCCGCGCUCCAACCUGGCCAAAGAGCUGGAGAAAUACUCCAAGACAUCGUUUGAGUACAGCGGUUACGACAGCCAUGCUUACGGCAAGCGGGCCAUAGCCCCCAAGGUGCAAACCAGGGACAUAUCCCCCAAAGGAUACGAUGCGAAGCGGUUCUGCAAGAACGCCAGCCCCAGCAGCAGCACCACCAGCAGCUACGCGCCCAGCAGCAGCAGCAACCUGAGCUGCGGCGGCGGCAGCAGCGCCAGCAGCACCUGCAGCAAGAGCAGCUUCGACUACACGCACGACAUGGAGGCGGCCCACAUGGCGGCCACGGCCAUCCUCAACCUGUCCACGCGCUGCCGCGAGAUGCCGCAGAACCUGUCCACCAAGCCGCAGGACCUGUGCGCGGCGCGGCUCACACUGAGGCUGCAGCUAGAGCUGCCCGGCGAGGCCACAAGGUGGCCGGAGAUGCAGGCGGUGAUCGCAGAGGACACACUGCUGCUGGCCGUUGGCGGGGCUGCGGUCUGGGGGACGGAGCCCCGGGUUACCGUGUCCUUCUGCCCACAGAACCCUGACAUGGAGGUGGACGAGAAUGGGACUCUGGACCUGAGCAUGAACAAGCAGAGGCCGCGGGAAGGCUGCUGCCCCAUCCUGACCCCGCUGGAGCCCAUGUCCCCGCAGCAGCAGGCGGUGAUGAACAGCCGGUGCUUCCAGCUGAGCGAGGGCGACUGCUGGGACCUGCCCGUGGACUACACCAAGAUGAAGCCGCGCCGGGCCGACGAGGACGACCCCAAAGAGAUCACUCCGGAAGACUUGGACCCCUUCCAGGAAGCUCUGGAAGAAAGGAGAUACCCGGGGGAGGUGACCAUCCCAAGCCCCAAGCCCAAGUACCCCCAGUGCAAGGAGAGCAAGAAGGACUUGAUAACAUGUCCAACACCAAGGUGUGAUGGGAGUGGUCAUGUGACUGGUAAUUACGCCUCACAUAGAAGUCUGUCCGGCUGCCCCCUGGCUGACAAGAGCAUUCGAAGUAUGCUGGCCACCAGCUCACAAGAACUCAAGUGUCCCACCCCUGGCUGCGACGGCUCCGGGCACAUUACUGGCAACUACGCUUCCCAUCGGAGCCUUUCAGGGUGCCCGCGGGCGAAGAAAAGUGGCAUCAGGAUAGCACAGAGCAAGGAAGACAAGGAGGACCAGGAGCCGAUCAGAUGCCCGGUGCCCGGGUGCGACGGCCAGGGCCACAUCACCGGCAAGUACGCGUCCCACCGCAGUGCGUCCGGGUGCCCCCUGGCAGCCAAGAGGCAGAAGGACGGCUACCUCAACGGCUCCCAGUUCUCCUGGAAGUCAGUCAAGACGGAGGGCAUGUCCUGCCCCACGCCUGGGUGCGACGGCUCCGGGCAUGUCAGCGGCAGCUUCCUCACGCACCGCAGCUUGUCAGGCUGCCCGCGAGCCACGUCAGCAAUGAAGAAGGCAAAGCUGUCCGGGGAGCAGAUGCUGACCAUCCGACAGCGGGCCAGCAACGGCAUAGAAAACGACGAGGAGAUCAAGCAGCUGGACGAGGAGAUCAAGGAGCUGAACGAGUCCAACUCGCAGAUGGAGGCCGACAUGAUCAAGCUCAGGACACAGAUCACCACCAUGGAGACCAACCUGAAGACGAUCGAAGAGGAGAACAAGGCGAUCGAGCAGCAGAACGAGUCCCUGCUCCACGAGCUGGCCAACCUGAGCCAGUCCCUGAUCCACAGCCUGGCCAACAUCCAGCUGCCGCACAUGGACCCAAUCAAUGAACAAAAUUUUGAUGCAUACGUGACUACUUUGACGGACAUGUAUACAAAUCAAGAUCGUUAUCAGAGCCCAGAAAAUAAAGCCCUACUGGAAAAUAUAAAGCAGGCUGUGAGAGGAAUUCAGGUCUGA